AUGGCGGCGGCGAGCGGGCCGGCGGAGGCGCCUCCGGUGUGCGUGCUGGUGCUGGGCAUGGCCGGCUCCGGGAAAACCACCUUCGUGCAGCGACUCGCGGCCCACCUGCAUGGGCAACGCUGCCCCCCGUACGUGAUCAACCUGGACCCCGCGGUGCACGACCUGCCCUUCCCCGCCAACAUCGAUAUCAGGGACACUGUGAAGUACAAAGAAGUCAUGAAACAAUAUGGGCUGGGCCCAAAUGGUGGAAUAGUGACCUCUCUCAAUCUCUUUGCUACAAGAUUUGAUCAGGUGAUGAAGUUUAUUGAAAAAAGACAAAAUGCAUCCAAGUAUGUUAUUAUUGACACACCAGGGCAAAUUGAGGUGUUCACCUGGUCAGCAUCAGGAACAAUCAUAACUGAGGCCUUGGCUUCCUCUUUUCCUUCAGUUGUUGUUUAUGUGAUGGACACUUCUCGCAGUACUAACCCUAUCACCUUUAUGUCCAACAUGCUGUAUGCCUGCAGCAUCCUGUACAAGACAAAGCUACCUUUCAUUGUUGUCAUGAACAAAACUGACAUAAUUGACCACAGUUUUGCAGUAGAAUGGAUGCAGGACUUUGAGACUUUUCAAGAUGCCCUGAAUCAGGAGACAUCCUAUGUCAGUAACCUGACUCGUUCUAUGAGUUUAGUGUUGGAUGAAUUUUACAGUUCACUGAAGGUGGUUGGUGUUUCUGCUGUGCUCGGCACAGGACUGGAUGAUUUUUUUGUUCAGCUUUCUAAAGCUGUCGAUGAGUAUGAGAGAGAAUAUCGUCCAGAAUACGAACGCCUGAGAAAAACACUGGAGAAAGCUCAAAAUAAACAAAAGAGAGAGCAGCUGGAACAUUUGUGGAAGGACAUGGGCAGCGUGUGUGUGCAGGGCAACACACUUGCAGGGUCUGAUGAUGCUUCUGCAAUGGGUCCCUCUGAGCUGAUCCUAACACGAGGGGCUCUUGAUGAAGAAGAAGAAGAGAGAGAGAGUGAUACUGAUGACAUUGACCAUGAAGUUACUGAGGAGAGUCAUGAAGAACCAGCCUUCAGAAACUUUAUGCAAGAGACGCGGAUGAAAUACCAGAGAAGAAGCAACCCAAAUGAAUGAGACCUUCAGAAACAGAGCAUUUGGAAUCCCUUGUAAUGGAGUUAAAAGUAAAGCAACAGCAUAAAGAAACUUGC